AUGUUUUUACGUUUUUUAUUUCAGAUUAUGGAUUUUCAGAAUCGCGCAGGAGGCAAAACUGGUGGGGGUGGGGUGGCAUCUUGGUCUGAUGCAAAUGUUGAUCGGCGUGAAAGAUUACGCCAGUUGGCUUUAGAAACUAUUGAUUUGCAAAAGGAUCCUUAUUUUAUGAAAAAUCAUCUUGGUGGCUAUGAGUGCAAAUUAUGCUUAACUUUACACAACAAUGAAGGUUCAUAUUUGGCGCAUACUCAGGGAAAGAAGCAUCAGUCUAAUCUAGCUCGGCGCGCCGCUAAAGAAGCUUCUGAUCAGCCGUACAUGCCAGCACCAGCACAAGCUAAAGUAGAACCUAAAAAAUUUGUUAAAAUUGGGAGGCCUGGUUACAAGGUUACAAAGGAAAGAGAUCCAUCUUCCGGCCAGCAAGCAUUGCUGUUUCAAAUCGAUUAUCCUGAAAUCGUGGAUGGUAUCACUCCCAGACAUAGGUUUAUGUCAGCUUAUGAACAAAAAGUGCAACCACCGGACAAACGAUGGCAAUAUAUUCUUUUUGCUGCUGAACCUUAUGAGACGAUUGCAUUCAAAAUACCGUCACGAGAAGUAGAUAAAUCCGAAGAUAAAUUCUGGACUCUAUGGAAUAAAGAUACCAAGCAGGUAAUUGUUUAUUACCUACACUUUUUUAGUCCUUUACCACCGUAA